AUGGCAGACAACGCCCCUCCCUCCGCUGAGAAGCUCAGCGGCGCUCAGCCGACCGAUAUCACCCCCGAGUAUGACCUGCUCCCCCGCCUGAUCCCAUACCUCGACCGCCACCUGGUUUUCCCUCUGCUUGAAUUCAGCGCCGGCGAGGACGACAAAGAAAUCACUCGCGCCAAGUAUGAGUUGCUCAAGCACACAAACAUGACCGACUACGUCGCCAAUCUGUGGAAGGAGAUCAACAACACCGACAGUAUUCCCGAUGAGUUCGUGAAGAAGCGCGAGGAGGUUCUGGCCAAGCUGGAGCACUACCAGGUCCAGAGCGAGAAGAUUACCGAGUUGUUGCAGGACGAGGAGGUUGUCGGCAACCUGCGAAGCGACAAGGCCGCCAACUUGCGGUUCCUCGAGGAGCAGCACGGUGUCACCAAUGAUAUGGUUAACAGCCUGUACGACUACGGCCGGUUCCAGUACAGCUGCGGCAGUUACGGUAAUGCCGCUGAGCUGCUCUACCAGUUCCGUGUCCUGUCUACCGACAACGACAAGGUCGCCUCCGCUACCUGGGGUAAGUUGGCGUCCGAGAUUCUCACCACAAACUGGGAGGGCGCGAUGGAGGAGGUGCAGAAGGCCAAGGACUCGAUCGAAACCCGCCUGUUCAAUAACCCGCUGGCUCAGCUCACCAACCGCUCCUGGCUGAUCCACUGGUCCCUGUUCCCCUUCUUCAACCACGACCCCGCCCGCGAUGUCCUGACCGACCUCUUCUUCUCCCCCGCCUACAUCAACACUAUCCAGACCAGCUGCCCCUGGAUCCUGCGUUACCUCGCUGCCGCCGUCAUCACCAACCGCGGCCGUCCUCACAAGCACCACGGUGCCUACCAGAAGCAAUUGAAGGACCUGAUCCGUGUGGUUCGCCAGGAGGGUUACGAGUACACCGACCCCAUCACCGACUUCAUCAAGGCCCUCUAUGUCGACUUUGACUUUGAGGAGGCCCAGCGCAAGCUGAGCGAGGCCGAGGAGGUUCUCCGCAGCGACUUCUUCCUUGUUUCUGCCGCGGACGCUUUCGUUGAGGCUGCCCGCCACCUCAUCUCUGAGAGCUACUGCAAGAUCCACCAGCGGAUCGAUAUUAAGGAUUUGUCCACUCGUCUUGGUCUGAGCCAGGAUGAGGGUGAGAAGUGGAUCGUUAACCUUAUCCGUGAUACCCGGGUUGACGCCAAGAUCGACUACAAGGAGGGCACCGUUAUCAUGAACCACCCUCCCCAGUCGGUUUACCAGCAAGUCAUUGAGAAGACGAAGGGUGCCUUCUUCCGAACACAAGUCCUGAGCUCCGCUGUCGCGAAAUGA